AUGGCUGAAUACAACCCAAGUUUGCAUUCUAUGGAUCCCGAGUUAGAUAGCCUGCUUCAACACCUGAAGAUACGUGAGGAUGAGGAUGAAGGCAUUGUGUUGGAAGAGAACCUAGAGGAGUUAAAGGCUGAGGCUCGCUGGACUGUUAUGUCCAAGGUUAUGUCUCCAAAUCCUUUCAGUCAUGCAGCUUUCUUAGCCAAUAUGAAGUAUGCUUGGAGUUUGGCAAAGGAUGUCAUUUUUAAGGCCAUAGAUGAAAAUCUUUUUGUAUUCCAAUUCUCAUGUCUAGGGGAUUGGAGAAAGGUGCUAGAUGAUGGGCCUUGGCUAUUUAGGGGGAAUGCUGUUUUAUUAGAAGAGUAUGAUGGUAUCACAAAGCCAUCGACAGUGAAAUUCAAGGAUCUAUCUAUUUGGGUGCGUGUUUAUGAUCUGCCAACCGGUUUCAGAACUGAGAAUAUUGGGCGCCAAAUUGGAAAUAAAAUUGGUCAUUUUUUGAAAGUGGAUUUGAAUGACGAAACCAAUGGGUGGCGUGAUUAUCUACGCAUUAGAAUAAAGCUAGAUGUUGAGAAGCCUUCGACAAGGAUUGUCUAUGUGUCUGCUGGAGGAAAAGGAAAUCGCUUAGCUUUUCGUGUUAAAUAUGAGAAAUUGCCAAAGUUUUGUGCAGUUUGUGGAUUAUUGGGUCAUGUGGAUUCUGAGUGUGGUGAUGGAGUGCAUGACAAGGCGGCCUAUCAAUAUGGGGAUUGGUUGGUCGCUAGUACUGAGAGGAAAGGAAGAGUGAAGGGAUUUAGACCAUCAAGUUCGGCUGACACUAAGGGGUCAGAUUCUAAGGAGCUUGAUAAGAGCUUGGUCCCAUCAAUAAGACCUGAGGCUAGGAGUGGAGAUAACAAUCAAGUUGCUUUUGUUGAUAACCGUUCUGAGCUGAAAGAUGAUGCAAGAAGUACACUAGAAACAGAUGGUUACCAGCAUACAAGUAUUGAUGGAAAUGGGGCUCGUAAGCGCCUUACAAUAGGGAAUGUUAGAGAUAGUAACAAUUUGGCUUUGGUUUCCGUUUCAGUUUCUGAACAAAUGGAUGGUGUCCUGGAUUUUUCUAGAAACAAUUCUGAUCUUUGGCAGAAAUCAGAUGCCUAUCAAAGUGAACUUGAGAGGGAUGGCCAGUUGAAAGGGAGAGUCAAUAAACGGCUGAAGAUGCAAAAUGGAAAUAAUGACUCAGUUGACACUGAAAUGAAAACGGCGGGUUCCUUUGAGGAGUACCGCCGAGAGCAAUGA